GAGGGCAGGAGGUAGCAGUCUGCGAAAGACACCGGGCUUAGAGCACAGACAGCAAUGGGGUGGCUCAGCUUGCCGUCUUUCCUGCGGUGCGGUAACAAGGAGGAUUUCACUUUGUCUACUGAGAAAAUCACAGAGAAAGAUGAGGAGAGUGAACGAGGAAACUGGUCGCGCAAAUCAGACUACCUCCUCUCUAUGGUCGGCUAUGCCGUUGGAUUGGGGAAUGUCUGGCGCUUUCCAUACCUCACCUAUAGGGAUGGAGGAGGGGCCUUCUUGAUACCUUAUACCAUCAUGCUGGCUUUGGCUGGGCUGCCUUUGUUCUUCCUGGAAUGCUCGCUUGGGCAGUUUGCCAGCUUGGGACCCAUUUCUGUUUGGAGGAUUCUACCCCUUUUACAAGGAGUCGGAGUCACAAUGGUGAUCAUUUCAACGUUUGUGACCAUCUAUUACAAUGUCAUCAUUGGCUACAGCCUCUACUACUUGUUUGCCUCCUUCCAAAGCGUCCUCCCUUGGGCAGAUUGCAAUCCUGAGUGGGCCAAUGCGAACUGCAGCAAAACAAGGCUAGUGUCAGGCUGCAACAUUACAUUAGACGGGGAGACUAUCAUCACGAAUUACUCUUGGUUUGAGAGAAACAACCACACCUGCAAAAAUGGCAUCGAGGUGUUUGCGAACACCCAGGCUCCCAGCGAACAAUACUGGAACAACAAGGUCCUUCAGCGUUCAAGUGGGUUAGACGAGACCGGGGAGGUUGUGUGGUACCUCGCCCUCUGCCUUCUCCUUUCCUGGCUGAUUGUGGCAGUGGCCUUGUUUAAAGGAAUCAAGUCUUCGGGAAAGAUUGUUUACUUCACAGCCAUCUUCCCCUACGUUGUCCUCGUGAUAUUGUUGGUCCGAGGUGCUACUCUAGAUGGUGCUCUAGAAGGCAUUGAGUUCUACAUUGGGAAACAGUCUAAUUUCACCAAGCUCACAGAGGCAGAGGUCUGGAAAGAUGCUGCCACACAGAUUUUCUUCUCUCUGUCCGUUGCAUGGGGAGGGUUGGUCGCCCUCUCCUCAUACAACAAAUUCAACAACAACUGCUAUUCAGACGCCAUUUUUGUCUGUGUGAUAAACUGCCUCACAAGCGUCUUUGCUGGUUUUGCGAUUUUCUCCAUCUUGGGACACAUGGCACACGAGGCAGGCAAGAAAGUCUCAGAAGUCGUCGAUUCAGGCUUUGAUCUGGCGUUUGUUGCCUAUCCAGAGGCUCUUUCAAAGCUCCCCGUCGCCCCCCUCUGGUCCUUCUUGUUCUUCUUCAUGCUUCUGCUCCUGGGGCUCGAUUCCCAGUUUGCUACUGUAGAGACCCUUACAACCACCAUCCAGGAUGUUUACCCCAAACUUAUGAAGAAAAUGAGGAUCCCGGUGACCUUGGGCCUGUGCACAGUUCUAUUCCUGCUUGGGCUUGUCUGCGUUACGCAGGCAGGGAUCUACUGGGUCAACCUGGUGGACCAUUUCUGUGCUGGCUGGGGGAUCCUUUUUGCAGCUGUCCUGGAGCUGGUGGGGAUCUGCUGGAUUUAUGGUGGAAACCGAUUUAUCGAAGACACUGAGAUGAUGAUUGGGAAGAAAAGCUGGUUGUUCUGGUUGUGGUGGAGAGCCUGCUGGUUUUUCAUCACACCUUUCCUUCUCCUUGCAAUUUUGGUUUGGUCUUUGGUCACAUUUGAGCGCCCAACAUUUGGCUCUGUGGAGUACCCAGUUUGGGGAGCCGCUGUUGGUUGGUGCAUGAUCAUGUUCUGCCUGAUUUGGAUUCCCAUCAUUGCCAUUUACAAGAUAGCAAAAGCAAAAGGGAGCUUGUGGCAGCGCAUUACUUUCUGCUGCAAACCCCAGCCCAACUGGGGUCCUGCCCUGGAGCGCAAUCGUGGAGAAAGAUACCGCAACAUGGUUGACACAGAGAAGGAGAAAGACAUCGAAAUCCCGACUGUGGAUGCCUAUAUCUUUAUACUUUCCCCACUUCCCAUCUGAGGACUACCGGGUUAGCCGUGGCAGCAGCCAAGUCGUGAAUUGGUAAACGGAGCUCAAGCCGGUUCAAUCGCAGAGGGUUGAAGGGUGUUCUGAAAGCAGUGACAACCCCUAAAAACUCAAGAAGGAAAUUUUCUGAGUUUGAGGACAAGAAGCAGAGCUGAUUUUUGCGCUAAAAACUUAAUAAAAAACAGAGAGCCCUAGCGCUUUGGAGAAGUCCACCCCUCUGUGAGAUGCCUCAGGACGGGGCGCAGGCUAGUGGCUGACACUCAAAGGAAAGAAGGGAACCUAGAGCGAAGCUUUUACAUGGAAUUUUAAAAUCUGAUAUUUAUAGGAGCUUCAGCUGCACAAAAGAAUAACUGAAUUCCAACGGUAAGGAACUGCAAAAGGGUCUUGUCGGAGAUCUCAGAGAAUGCGCGAACUGCUAGAAAAAAGUGGUGCAGAAAGCAAAGAAUUUAAGCAGGAGAUCUGGGAGCGAAAAGGACCGACCCCCAGCCUCGACCCACUAAGCCUGGAGGUACCCAAAAUUUGGGGAAAGGGCAAAACAGAGGUAUGCAAGAGCAGUGAAUAUGGAGUGAGUAAACCGGGGAAGAGGGAGUGCUCCUUUAAAAAAACAGACAGGCCAUUGCGGAGAUGGCAGGGGCGAAGAGGAGAGGAGGAAGGUGAACUUUUAAUAGGGAAACUGACUUAAUAAAUGAAGUGAAAGGAGGGGUUUGAGAGGAAAAUACAAUUGGAUCGACUCCUGGAAAGGAAGGGGAGGGGAUGAAGAGAGGGAGACGGAGAGAAAUCCCCAGGAAGGUUUGAAAGGCGGAAAUUGGAGAAAGCGCCAAAGUGAAGGAAGGAAGAAAUAAAGAGGGAGGGAGGAGUGCGUGAAAAUAAAUACCGGGAAAUGGCGUAAAAGGCGAUACAUUAUUGCUAAGUCACCCCUCUCCGGAUACAAUAUGGCGAUACAAUAUUGCUAAGUCACCCCACACCAGAAGGCAAGAGAGAAAAGGAUGGGAAGGGAAGGCUGAGCCAAGUCAGAGAGGAGAAGCUCACGCAAGGAAGAAGAAGAGUAAUUGGUGACACCUAGAGGCCAGGGAACUCAACGACCCUCAACGUCAGGAAAGAGCUAAAACAAAGACUCUGUCCACUUCCUGUCAUAUAAUAAAGACACAUAGAAUGCCACACUAAGGAAUUAAACUUCCCUCCCCCCACCUAAAGAUAUAAUUGCUCUUAUCUAAAAGGAGGGAGAAAGGGAAGAAAAGAACCAAGUCAAGAUUUGUAUAAAGGUAUAAGUAGAAUCAAUAAUUGGAAAAUGGAAAAUAAGAAGCUCAAAAACCAUUUCACUGCCACACCUGCAUGUUCCCAAAGGUGUGCAUCAAAUUUGGAGACAGAGACCUCAGACAUCAAAGAACUGAUCCUGGGAUUAAAAGCAGAACUUAAUAAAAAUGGAUGCUAUGAAUGAAAAAUUAGAUAAAAUGGGGAACAGAAUAGAACAGAAUUUGAAACUGAUUGAGCAAAAUACUAUUGCAAUAGUGGAUUUGAAUAAGCAAUGCACUGAGCUACAAGAGAAGAGCAAAGAGUUUGGAGAAGAAUCCUGGAAUUUAUUAAGUAAAAUAAACAAACAAGAUGAAGGGGUGAAGAAGCAUAUAGAGGAAUGUAAAGAAUAUAGGAAAAAGCAAGAGAAAAUGAAAGAUGACAUCCAGAGACUCAAGGAGACACAAGAAGCCAUCUGGGACGCUUUGGCGAUGCAAGAACUAAAGCAAAAUGAUUUGACAUUGAGAUUUCAAGGCCUUAAAGAAAGUCAAGAUGAAAGUGUGGAGGACAUUAUUAUCAAAGGCCUUGCAGACGUGAUGUAAAUACAAGAAGAGGACAUAUCCAUAUGCAUAGACAGAGCAUUCAGGUUGAAGUCAAAGCAAGCACAUAGCAGCAAAUACCGGGGGACUGCCCAGUUUUUUUAAACUCAAGAAUAUUGAGAGAUAAAAUCAUGCAACAAAAGAAAAUACAAAAUUGAAAAUCGAUGAUAAAGAAGUUGUCAUCAUGAGGGAAGUCCUCCCGAAAUUGUUGAGGAAAAGAUCAAUUGUUGAGGAAAAGAUCAAAUGCUUGACGGAGGUGCUGAAAAGGAACAACAUUCAAUUUAAAUGGGAAUUCCCAGAAGGGAUUUCCUUCACAUAUAAACAGAGCUGGAGGAAACUCACCACGGACUUGGAAACAGAGAAGUU